GGUGAAUGUAUGGCAGGACUGCGGUAUCCAGCGUGCACCGCGGCACAAGGAAGAACGUAAACAGGAAGUAAACUGAAGGACGAAUAGACAGAUGAUCGUGUUUGUGAGGUAUAACCUCGGCACGGGGGUUCCUGUGGAGCUGCAGGAGGAGGCCAGCGUUUCUGAUCUAAAGGAGGUGGUGGGGAGUCAGCAGGGGGUCAGACCUGACCUCCUCAGGGUUCUGUUUGCUGGGAGGGAGCUGAGGAACACUUCCACCCUACAGGAAAGUGACCUUCCGGAGCAGAGCACCGUCCAUGUGGUCCUCCCCCCUUCUGACUCCCCCUCCUCCCAGUUGCUUCUCCCGCAGCAGCGUCUGGCUCGGGGGAGCGGCGAGCAGCUGGACCUCACCCGCUCCCUCCCCUCCACCUCGUCCGGCUUGGCAGUCAUCCUGGAGGGGGGGCAAACAGGGUGGGGAGGAGGAGCAGCAGAGGAGGUUCAGGCUGCAGAAGUGACAGGUGUGCGUACCUGCAGUUCUUUCUUCGUGUUCUGUAAGAGCUGCAGGUCUGUGCAGCCGGGGAAGCUGAGGGUUCGCUGCCGGAGCUGCAGACAAACAACACUGACACUCAGCAGGGGUCCAUCCUGCUGGGAUGACGUCCUCAUCCGAGGCCGUGUCCACGGUGUGUGUCAAUCAGACGGUUGUCAAGGCAAUGAAGCAGUAAGAGGGGGCGGAGCUGAUGAUUUAUAAAGCCACUAGAGCAUUCUGG